UAUGAACUAUCGGCCAAACAUGUUUCUAUGCGAUACGUGCGAAUGCGUGAUUGCGUGAUGUGACAUCUCGUAUUGGUAAAAAGAGUGACACCAAGUGACACAAAAUCAUAAAGCGGACGGACUCAUAAUCCAGAGUUUAUUUAACUCGGAUUUUGCAGCACGCGAUAUACAUUGCAAAUUGCAAUUUUUCACUGCACCGUUUUUCACGGAAAGCCUCAGAAUUAUUUUGUCAAAAUGGCACAAGAAGUUGAAGAAACUAUGAAACGAAUUCAGUCUCAUAAAGGAGUAGUUGGGACAAUAGUAGUGAACGCGGAAGGCAUACCUAUUAAAUCAACGUUAGACAAUACAACAACGGUUCAAUAUGCAGGCUUGAUAAGUCAGUUGUCGGAUAAGGCUCGCUCCGUCGUACGUGACUUGGAUCCAACGAAUGAUUUAACCUUUUUACGCAUACGUAGCAAAAAACAUGAAAUUAUGGUUGCACCGGACAAGGAAUUCAUAUUAAUCGUAGUACAAAAUCCAGUUGAUUGAUAUUUAAAUGAGACAACGGUAUAUUGCAAAAUAAUGAGCUUUACUUCUCUCUGGUUGCUUAAUUUAUUCUAUGAGCUAUAUUGGACUUUAAUAUUUAUUCAAUCAGCUAAUGAAAACAACGUGAACAUUAUAUAAAUGCAAUAUUUUUUAGCCAACUUCGCAAAUUGUUAGCUUUAAAACAGCGCUUUUUCUUUGAUACAAUGCAAUGAAUACAUUUUAAUGUUCUCACAAAUUAUAAUUUGGCAAUAUGAAUAAAUAUUAUAUUUAUUAUAUCUGAGAU